CAACUGACGUGAUGCUAUAGUACUGGGACCUUUUGUUAUUCUUUUGCCAUUGAUGGAUGCUCACGUCUUUCGACCGACCGUGUGAAACUACAAAKUACUACAAAUCGACUYCACGUACAAGGAAAAGUUUGCGCCAGGGGUUACUUGGUUAACUUCCGUGCGGGAUUAUUCAAAAAGUUUGGUAAACUUCGUCUGAAGUUUAAUCUUGUUUACGRACUAGCUACAAGAAUUUAUGUGGUUGCACAAUGCCUUACAAAUGUUUACAUCAGAUUUCUUAAUCUCGAAUUAACUGAGAAGACGUUACAUCAUGAACAAGAGUAAAAAAGCUGCAAUAAGUCCAUUACCCGAGAACCACUUAAGAAAUAUCCCAGGAAGCGAUGGAAGCAAAWUUACCAAGAUUUUCCACCUUUUGUCAUUGCUGCGACAAGGACAACGUUUCUUUGUAAACAAAGCAGAGAGAUAUAAAAGCACCGUAUUCAGGAUGAGCAUUGGCGUUAAAGCCAUCGCURUAUGCGACAGAAAAGGAGCUGAUGUCCUAUUUGACCUUGAGAAGAUYCAUAAGGAACCAAAGUUUGGUCGACUGAACUACAACGUCUGCUUAGUUGAUAACAAAACCCCCUCGAUCUUCACGAAUGGYAGCCAACACGAAUCACAGAAAGCGUUUUUGAUGAAAGUUUGUCAAAUAGCACAAAAUGCAGACAUACUAGAUACUGUGAAUAAGAUUAUUCCUGAAUACCUAGAAAGAUGGCAUAGAGCAGAUGGUAAACUCAAAGCCUCAUGGGAAAACGACGUCAUGGCCCUUGUUAGUGACAUCUUCAGUCAGGCGUUCCUCGGGGUAAGAUUCGACCCGAGCGCAAUGCAUGAUAUGGUGUAUGCUUCCUGGACCAGGAAAAAUUGGGAAUUGGUACGUGGAAUGGUUGCAUCGAACAGAAUGAUGGAAACGUUGAAACAAAGCCCAAAGCUUAACGACAUUCUUGAAAUAUCGAGAGAAAAUGGACUAUCAGAUGAACAGACUGUGGCAGACGUUCUCUUUAUGCUGAAUUUCAACGGCUACGGUGCGGUCAGCGGUGCACUGCGUUCAGCUCUGGCCAGGUUCCAUAAUGCCGACCAAAAACUAAAACAGGAACUUAACGAAGACAUAGUUAACAACCUUGGCGACGAUGGMGUCACRCAUGAAUCAAUUAAGAAAAUGAAAUUACUUGAUCGAUUUAUACUAGAAGUUUUUCGUAUGGAACCUCCUGUGCCGUUACUUUUUGGAAGGGCUAAUUCCGAUUUUAUACUGCARUCCAAAUCAGGUUCUUUUGAAGUCAAAACCGACGAACUUCUCAUUGCUAAUGUUUAUAUGAUUCAACGUGAUCCAUCUGUAUUCACAAAUCCUGAUAGCUUCAUACCGUCAAGAUUUGAAGACGAGAGUCUUCUUGAACACAUGAUUUUUACCAAUGGACCAUUCAAACAAGAAGCGACACCACAAAACCACCAUUGUGCUGGGAAGGAAAUCAUUUUUACCGUCAUGAAAGCAGUUUUGAUACCAGUAAUUUUGAGCUGUAGUUUCACCUUCACACAAACUCCAUAYUGGACGGGUAAAAAAUUACGAAGGAUUGGCUGCCCUGACAACAAACUGGAAUUAAAAGAAUUCAUGUUCACUCCGAGAGAGGGAUUUACAAAAAGAGARGAUUUACAAGUUGAAGACAUAAGCUGAAUGAUGUAAUAAGUAAACUCCGACACCGCCCAGCAAUGUAGAACGACGCCAUUUUGUAAAGCAAAGGAUGCAGGGAAAUAUACUCCCCGCACUUAAUAUGGAUAAUAAACAAAAGAAAGAAAGAAAAGAAAGACAAUAGAAAAACAUUGUACAAUAACAUACCCAGUCAUAUAUAAUGUAAAAAUCAGGUUAAUGAUCAAAAUAAUUCAGCUUUAGUAAAUAUUAGCCAUGGAUAAGCAAUGGCAAUAUUUCAACAAACUACCAUUUAAAUCACCAAAAUCUAGGAUCAAUAACUAUUUUAUCUAGUCCAAAAAUAUUGAAAAAAUUAAGAUUCAAUUACCCACAAAUGCAUAGCUAUUGAGGAACAUAAAUAACCUUUUAUCAUUAUAACAAAAAAGUCAAUAAUAAAAAUUGUAAGCGCCACCACUGCAA